AUGCCCUACUUCGACAGGAUGCGUCAACCACGCAGCAAUUACCGCACGUUAGGCUUGGGUCUUCUCCUCGGCAUUGUCUUUAUCUAUUUCCUCUACAGCAUCAACAACACCUCCGCAAGCCCAUCCGAACUGCGCCAGCGGAAAUCCGACGCCGCAGCAGACAAUCCUCUUUCACCUCCCACCUCUGCGUUCCGCAAGCAAUCUGGUUCCUCCAGAUCUCACAAUGGCAUUCGUCGGCCGCCUCCCGUUGUGCACUACCAGCUCAACAAUCUGACCAGCACCGCCAACCCCCUCCAAAACAACGAAAAAAUCCUCAUCCUCACCCCCCUCGCCCGGUUCUACCAAGAGUACUGGGACAACCUCCUGGCCUUGUCGUACCCGCACGAACACAUCAGUCUAGGUUUCAUUACGCCCAAGACAAAAGAUGGAAACGCCGCAACUGCAGCACUACAAGAGGCGAUCAAGGUCACACAGUCUGGGCCGGAGGAGAAACGUUUCCAAUCCAUCAUCAUCCUGCGUCAGGACUUUGAGCCACCCAUCAUGUCACAGGAUGAGAAGGAACGGCACAAGAUGGAGAACCAAAAGGCUCGCCGGGCGGCCAUGGCUCGUGCAAGGAACAGCCUCCUCUUCACCACCAUCGGACCCUCCACCUCCUGGGUGCUCUGGCUGGACUCGGACAUCAUCGAGACGCCGCCAACGUUGAUUCAAGACCUGGCAAGCCACAACAAGCCCAUCAUCGUGCCCAACUGUUACCAACGCUACACCAACGAUCAGGGAGAGCCCAGUGUCCGGCCCUACGACUACAACUCCUGGCGCGACAGCGACGUGGCGCAGGAGCUGGCUUCACAAAUGGGACCGGAUGACAUCUUGCUUGAAGGAUAUGCUGAGAUCCCCACGUACAGGACGUUGAUGGCGAUGCUGGCAAAGACCGGUCAGGACAGGGACGAGCGCCGUCUGAUGCCUCUGGAUGGCGUCGGAGGCACCACCCUUUUGGUCAAGGCAGAGGUGCAUAGAGACGGGGCCAUGUUCCCUCCCUUUCCUUUCUAUCAUCUCAUUGAGACUGAAGGUUUCGCCAAGAUGGCUCGCCGGCUCGGGUUUGAGUCUUGGGGUUUGCCUGAUUAUCUUGUGUACCACUACAACGAGUAA